AUGGAAGAAAAUGAUGCUUUAAUAAAAUCAUCUGAACCAUAACAUACACGAAAUGUUAUAUAGGCUCUAAUAAAUGAGUACAAAAUUAUGUAUGCUGGAUUAUAAAAUCAGUGCUAUUUUAUGUUAAACUUAGAGAAUACCUUGAUUAUUGCUUUAUAAAAGGAGCUUCUGGAUAAACAGUACCAUUAGCUCUACUAUUACCUGUUGGUCUUCUCUUAGGUAGUGUGAACAUAUUGUCAAAAGCUACAACCAAUAUUAUUGAAGGUAGAUACUGAUGUCAAAUUUAGGUGAUUAUAUACUGACCAAUUUGGUUUAAGUGAUUCUCCAAAUCUGUGGACUUUGCAUUGUUCUAUAUUUAUUACUUAAAGCUUGUGAAGUGAUACCAAAAAAGAUUCAAAAUCCAUUACUUUUUGGGAGAGUAACAACAUAUAUUUUUAUGUGUCUACUCAUUACAAUGGGAAUUUUAGUUGUUGAAAGAAUAGUUGAUGGAUAGGCAAGAACUUAUCAUACUUCUUAAUUCUGGGUUGUCUUUGCCUUAAUAAUAUGGUAAAAAAUCUUGGUGUUAUUUAUAUACGAUUUUAAGGUUAGAUUUGCAGCAUUUUUAUUUUUAUAUACUUAUUACGCAUUUAGAGUAUCAGGUUAAGAAUUUAGAUGGAUCUAUAAUCUAUUAAAAGCAUCAGUUUAUAUUAUUUUAGAAUUAGUAAUGGUUAUCGAUAAAGAAUUAAAGAAUUAUGCUGAUUAUUAAUUGGAAAAUAAUGUAUUUUAUAAAAUUGAAACUUAGAUUCACACUAAAUAAGUGAUUCAAGAAGUAGUUCCUCCAAUGAGAAUGUUUUAAUAACAAUUCCUUCUUGAAUCCUAUCUGAAGGUAUUCCCAGUUGUUAUAUUUGAUUAAACCAAAGAAAUACUGAAUAUUUCAUCUGAAACUUUGAAAUUAUUAGGUCAAAAUGAUAUAUUUUAAGCUGAAAAACAAUUAAGAAAAUUGGAAAUCAUAGAGGUCUUUAAUAGAAAGGAAUAAGUAUCAACUAAAGAAUUGACUGUUAAAUUGACUAGAUAAGCUAAAUUUGGAUCUACUUGUGGAGUAAAUGAAAAAGGAGAUUUAUUACAUUCUUUAAUUAAUGGUCCAGCCUUACAACAAUUGAGAUAAUAGUAAUAAGUUGAUUAGCCAAGAUUAUAAACUUAGGGAUAGUUAGAAUAGCUAUUAAAUGAACUAGUAAAAGGGGAUCAAGAAUAUUUAAAAGGUUUAUUAAUGUUAAAAUUGAGUAAGGAAAAGUAAUACUAUUUUUCAUUUCAUUUGAUUCGCAAUAAUAAGAUUUAUCUAUUUUUGGAUGAUGUUUCUGAAAUAGUUAAAUUAUAAAUGAAAACAAAGGAUGAAAAUUAUGAGAUCAAAGAUGUUAAAGAUAUUAAUAUCUUAUUAUCUGAGAUUCGUUAAAUUUCAACAAUUAAGAGCUGUCCUAUCUUAACAAAAAUAUAAAAUAUUGAAAUAAAAUCUUGUUAUUUAGAAUAGAAUUAAUUGAGAAUAAAUUAUGAUAACAUUAACUUCGAUCAAAUGGUAAUCAAUUUGUAAGAAUAUUAUAAUUAACGAAUUCCAACAAUAAAAUAUUAAUUUAGAAAUCUAGUCAAAUUGAACACUAAUUUCUUUACAGAUGAAGAACGUCUUCGAUAGAUUAUUGAUAUAUUAAUGGAAAAUAGUAUAGAAUAAACAAAGGAUGGAUUUAUUGGUAUAACAAUUGAAAAUGAUGCUAGACCAAAUUGCAUUCAAAUAUCUAUACAAGAUACAGGUAAAGGGAUUAAUCUAGAUGAACUUAAGGAUGAAUCGAGUACUAAACUUUCUGGUCUCUUUAUAGCCAAUUAUUUGACUAAAAUAUUGGGAGUUUCAUUUUUUAAUAAAAAGAUUAAUGGACAUAUAGCAAAUAAAGGAUUGAGAAUUAUCACAACAUAAGAAUAUGGCACCAAAAUUUCAUUUACUGUCAGAAAUAUGAUAUAUGAUCAGAAUAAUGUUUAAUUUCUUCUUGAUGAGAAUUUAGAUGAAGAUGAUUAAAAUCAAGAUGAAAUUAUUGAGAGAUACAUAGUUGAAGAUUAAACUCAAUAUUUGAAUAGAUUUAAAAAGUAUUAAUAUUAUAUAUACUUAGACCUAUUAAAUAUAUUGUAAUGAAAAAUGAAGAGAAAAAAGUAGUUUAAGUACUAGAAGACAGAAUAAUUAAAAGACCUCAAUUAAAAGGCAUGAUGAAACUAUAGGAAUCAGGAAGAUUGAAAUCUCUAACUACUCAAAUGGAAUAAAUAUAAUUCCCUUAAGAAAAAUGUAAGUGUGAAAAUAAAUUAAUAAUAAAUAGUGAUUAUUAAUUUACAUCCAUUUUGAGAGAUUUUAAUUUCUAAAUUGUUAAUGAAUUUGAAGCUUUGAAAAUAAUUAAUAUAAAAUUAAAAGAGAAUCCAUGUAUAUAAAAAGUAUGUAUGGCAUUCAAUAAAAUUUACAUUAAUAGUUCAAAUCCAAAAGUCAAUUAUGAUGAGUAAUAUUCUUAAUUACUUUUAUUUUAGUUUGAUAAAGAAGUUGCUUCUAUUGAAUAAACAAUUAAAUAUCAUAGUCCUUUCAUAUCAUCCUUGGGGAGAAAUACAACCAAACAUAACAUAUUAUUAAAUGCCAAUUAAAUUAGAUAUUAUAUUUAAGUGA